AUGGCGAGUGAGAGCUGGUUCUCAAACUUCAUGAGAAGGCACCAACACCUUUUAAUAAGAAGGCCUCAGUCCACAAGUUUAAGCGGAGCCACCAGUUUUAAUCCCACAAAUGUGGCAACAUUCUUUGAUAAGCUGGCCACAGACCGGUUGAGGCAUGGGUUCACAGCAAAAGACAUCUGGAACAUGGACGAAACAGGCCUAACAACAGUCCAGAAUCCUGGACAUGUUGUUGCAACCAAGGGAGAGAGAAGAGUUGGGAGUGUAACAGGUGGUCCAGAGGGCUCAAUUGGCACAGCCAAUGAUAGUGGCUGUAUGCAGGAGCAGGACUUUGUUGUCUUCCUCCAGCAUUUUGUUCAGUAUACCAGGGCAACAGAAGACAACAAAGUCUUGCUCUUGUUGGACAACCACUCCUCUCAUGUAUCAAUUGAAGCUGUCAACUUCUGUCGGGCGAAUGGCGUGGUUCUAUUGUCUUUCCUCCCACACUGCACACACCAACUGCAGCCUCUGGAUAGAACUGUUUAUGGGCCACUAAAGAAAAACCUAAACAGUGAGAUGGACAAGUGGCACCGGAGGCAUCCUGGAACAACGAUCACCAUCUAUGACCUGCCAGAGAUGGUCAACAACAUCUUGCUCCUGGCAGCGUCACCUCAGAAUGUCAAGAAGGGAUUUCACUGCACUGGGAUCUGGCUGUACAACAAGGACAUCUUCAGUGAAUUCAACUUUCUCCCAGCAUCAGUGACUGACAGACCCCCUAUGGCUCCAUCUCUCCCUGGGCCGUCCACUGCUGCACCUCCAUCUCUCCCUGGGCCGUCCGCUGCUGCACCUCCAUCUCUAUGCUGGCCAUUCACUGCUGCACUGUAUUAUGUCCCAUCCCUGGAUAUUCCUAUGCCAACAGUGACCCUUAACUCAGAUGGUUUUAAAGAAGUUACCCUCACUUUAUUUCCUCUAUCCUUACAAGAGGUAGAAAUCACCAGUGAACAGGAGCAUGUUCCAGAAUUCUUGCCUGAAACUGUAAGUCCAUACCCCAAAGCCAGUCCCCGAAAGGCCAGUGGUCAAAGGCAGAAGACAAGGGCCAGUGAUAUACUCACUGACACACCUGAUGCACUGAUGGAGGCCUAA